CUCCCUUUGACAGGUACACUCUCACUUCUGUUGCCCGGUAAUUUGAUCUAGCUGUUGUCUUGAGGAUAUCUGUUACUAUAGUGAUAUCCUGUAUAAUUCAUCAGCCCACACGGAUGAAAACAUGGAGCAGGGUUUUAUCACAGGUCUGUACCGAUCUCUUGGUUUGACUAUCGGAGCUGAGUUUUCCUAUGAAGAUGUGAGUCUCCUCUUCCAAAAAGUGUUUCAUGUUCCCUGCAACACUGCUGAAGCUCAUGUGGCAAUGAGGAAGCUGGCAGGAGAUGACAAUAGCUGGUGUUGUGUUGGUGAAAAUGUGUUGGAUGUUCUUCUAGAAAUGGAAAGGGAGAGGGAAAAGAAAGACAAGCUCUACUGGGAUCUCCAACUCCUAAAUGCAGGAAAUCUCAACUCUCUCUAUGAGACAGGCGAGCCAUUUAUAAUUGAUCCUCUGAGGAAAAAUUCAUUUCACCACAGCACAGAACAAAAUAUUCUCAAAAAAGCUCACAACCAAUCAGAGUCAGAAUCAGGUACUAUUUGUGGAUACAGUCCACAGAGAGGGAGUCUGAUGGGAAAUAAAGAGCUGUGUGGGAGUGUGAGGGCUAUGGUGAGGCUGAAAAAGGCAGCCAGGCAAUGCUGGGCAAGACUAGCAUCAGAGGGAGUCCAAAGUAUAUUACCCUCCUAUACACCCAGGGAAAGCCUACCAGUGAGAUGUCAGGCCUGGGGCUGUGUCUCUCUCUCAGAAAUCUUCCUCUUAAUUGAAGUGAAGUAUGACGUAGUGACCCACCUGCUUUACACAGAAAUGCUCCAGGAGCACUACACCCUGAGCGUCUGGGAGAGUCUGCCGGUAUGGCAACAACAAAAGGAAGAGGAAGAGCUGGAGUGUCUUGCUGAGGAGGCUUUGCAGUCAAAAGACAUGCUCAGUUUGGCUGAGCUACCAGGAGCGUUCAGGAUAUACAGGGCCAAUCCAAGCACACCUUUAAAAAGCGUCUCUGAGUCCAGGGAAGAGUCAUGGUCUGCUGUUUCAUUCCUAAGUGAGCUGCACACAUGUCGACAACAAGAGAAGGACACACUAUCAGUCCUGUGCAAGAGGCUGGACAGCUAUGACCUUAGGCUGAUAUGUCUUUACAUCCGGUUGGCGACUCUCCGAGGACAGAGAGAAAACUCAUCAUACCAUGCCCUGAUGGCAGCUCAGCAGUCCUGGGAAGGAUGGCCACAAGUGAGGAGUCCAUACAGAGCAGAGCAGGCAGCCCUGUGGCUACAUGGCGGAGGGGAGGAGCCAAAAAGUGACCUCGUCGCAGCAUCACCACAGCAGGCAGUGCUGCAGCUGCUGGUGCUGACUCAGGAGCAGGAGAGGAAGUACCUGAUCAAGAUGUUACACGGGGUCUCCCUCGAGGAUUUACAAGAAUCAGAAAGUCCUGAACAGUCUUCUCUAAGAACCAGUUAUAUGAAAAGGCUCAAACAGAUCUAUAAAGACCUGCAGACACAAAAUGAGACACCAACCACCUCAAAGCAAGCAAAUGCUCAGCCACAGUAUCAGUCUGAACUCAAGAUGAACAACAGGAGCAGUAAUUUUGAAAUGUGGUCCAAACACCAGCUGGAAUAUUGUUCCCUGCUCCUGUUGGUCCAGGUGAUGGAGUUCCAGGAGGUCCAGGUGUCGACAGUGCUGCCAGCGCUGAUGGAUGAAAGUCAACAGCGUGUCCGUGCUCUGCAAGACGAGUAUAACUCUCAGCUUCAAGCACAGCGCUUCUCUCUUCAACUCCUCAUCUCUGAAGCCCCUCUUAACACAGGCUUUAGGCUCAUGUCUGAUCUGAACAUUGAAAAUAGCAACAACCAGCAAAUCACAGCUCAGUCCUGCAGUGGCUCCGUUGAUGUUCAAAACAGUGAUGGGUCUGCUGGGUCAGCAAGAGCUGAUCAAGUCCGGGGAAGCAACAGAGACGUAGAUGUUAUUCAAGCUGCAGAUGACAAACGUGAUGUUUGUACAGGUUGUGGCGCUGUCAUGGAGGACCUUCCUUACUUGGAGAUCUUGUGUGUAUCAGAUACAACUAGUACACCUCAUCAGAGUCUCACUGCAGAAGGACGAGCCCAGGAAAAAGAUGAAGGCCCUGAAAAGAAGAGCACCGAGUGUGUUGAGAAACAGGGCUCCUUGAUCACCCUGGCUUGGAGCAAACCACCAGAUGAUGACACUGAAUGUGAGGCAGAGGGUACAGAUGGACAGAGCCAGGAUCCUGACAGCUGUUUGAAGACCCAAGUCCAACCAACAGACAUUAACAACAUUAUUGAACACACAUCACAGAGCCAGGAGACUUCAGGAGAAAGGGACAAAAAGGCUCAUGUCUCAGUUGACACUCCCAUGAUUGAGCAGCUUAGCGGUGACCUUAGCUCUUCACUGACCAAUAAAGCAGCAAAUGUAGAACGAGCAGAGGUUGAGGUGGAAAUAUGUCCCGUUGAAAUAGAGUCAGAACUUUGGGACCUGAGAAACCCAGAAGCUGCUUUUAAUUCACAAGUUGAUUGUAGCCCUGCUGUGAAGGAGGAAAUGAAGGAUUCCUCGCUGAUGGAGAACGAGCGAGCAAGAGAACAAGUCUCAGCUGUUGAGCGAGAAAGGACAAUGCGAAACCUGGUGGACAUGCAAAGAAAGGUGGAACAAAGGCAGCAGAGAGACAGAGAGAGACAACUUCUUCGGGUUCAGGAGCGUCUCUCCAUCGUUCAGAAUAGAAAGGCAGAGGAGGACCUACUGGGCCUGAAACACACGGACAGGCUGAAACACCUCACUCAAGAUCUACCACAGGACAAUAAGAACCAGCAAAAAACAGUAGUCAAAGAGCGUCUGGAGCAGCUAAGAAGAGAGCGCUCCUACGUAAUGCAGUCCAAACGAGAGCGAAACACGACAGGAUUUAAGGAACUCCUGGGUCCAGUAGCUCUCCGCAGCAGAGAAACGGACGAUGGGGCAGACUGAGAAACUUCAGCUGCUUGGAUUUGAAGAUAAAGAAAUGAAUAUUGAUUAUAAUCCUUCAGUACAGGGAGCAUCCA